ACAAAGACCAGCUACCUACAUACCUAAUAAUAUAGGUACCUAGGUCUACUGUCCAGUUGCAAGUCUGUCCACCACUUGCUAUGGAGGGAUCAUUAUACAAAGUAGGUAGGUACUCUGUGGGAGGGAUGUAGGAACCACGCGAGUUCAGUCUCACUUGACAUUUACCUACUGCCGUCUACGCCCGUGAAGGUCCGAACCCCAACACCCAUUGAAUCAUGCAACAUCGAGAAAUCCUGGCACAGAAUAAUAAAAAUAAAUGUUUCAUAAAUAUUUCAAGAAAACAAUGACGUAGAUAUCAUUGUCAUAUCGUGUUUCGUUGCCGACAUAGAUAGUGCAGUCCUAUCGGAAUUUUUGUCGGUUACAAAGACAGAUAUAAAAACAUAUUACAUGCUACUUAAUGCUUAAUAUUGAAGAGAAAUUAAUAUGUCGAGUGCUGUAAUAGCGACGCUACCUGGAAAGGAUUAUAACCCGGAUGUUUUCAUUUGGGUCCUUUCCGGCGCAUUCGGAGUGAUAUUUCUCAUAGGCCCAUUUCUUGUACCGCCUGGGCUUAAUCAGAAUAUCAUAAGAAUUGGUAUCAUGUCAACAGCUUUUCACAUGUGGAUUGCUUGGGUCGUCAUAUACUCCUCCCAAGAAUAUCCCAUAUCCGGCCCUAUAAUGAAAAACACUACUUUAUCUUGGAUAUCUCAGACAUGGGGUAAUUCUAAAAAUGUCCCGGUCAUCACGCUUCCUACAACAACGACGACAACAACGACAACGACAACUACACCAUCAACAACAACAACACUUACGCCGCUUACAUUCAUGCCAACGACUACAACAGACUCUACUGUACCUCUCACCACAACCACCACUACUACUACUACUACUACUACUACUACUACUAUGAAACCAACUACUUCGAAAAGAACUACCACGACAACGACUACGCUUUGGACUGGUGUAGGAGUACCGCCGACCACACAAUUUGUCGUAAAGCCAACACCACCUCCACCCACCACUAAAGCACCUUCCACAUUUUCAAACGGUUCGGUCGUCCCCACCAAACUCCCUAAUACUGUGACAUUCAUGUAUGAACCAUAUGCGACGGAGAACCCUAAUGAAUUUUUUCCUGUAUUCCGUGGGAUAAGCGACAGAGGUCUAAUUAUCUUCUCAGUUAUGACAGGCAAUGAAGCAGAAGUAUGUCUGUCUGAUGUUCCGAGUCCACACAAAGGCCACAGGAUAAUAGCUACUUACGGAAUUGAUAAUAGAGACUUUCGUUUUGAGAGAUUAUUUCCGGGUGACGUCACCCGGAGAGCCAACGGAGUUGCAAGAGGGUACAUUCGAGUAGACAAAACAGAUAUUAUGAGCCCUACAGAGUAUAAAAGAUUUUAUAUAAGGUGGCGUAAAGGCACCUAUUGGAUAGGUGACGAUUACUUUUUUUUGUCACCCGCACUCCAAUGGACAGACCCAAACCCUUUUUUUGUCAAUUAUGUCUCCUUUUUCACAAAUUAUUCCGAUGCUUCAUGGUUUAUUGAGAGAGGAAUUUCGCAAGAGGCUCCUGUUCCUAACAUAAUUCUACGCAAGUAUAAUAUAAAACACGAGCUUCAAAGUGAUUGGACGAAUCGAACCAGCUAUCAUAUUGUUGAAGGUUCUUACAAGUUUUACUAUAUCCGAAGUGAACCAAUAUGGUUGAGCGUCUAUAUUGGUGAUGCUGAGUACAGAGAGUUUUUCAUUCUUCUUUCCAAAACUUUUACAAAAGUCACGCCUUAUAUUUUGAUACAUAUUGGGGCUGUAUACGGUAAAGAAUGUACGAUUUCAAAGAAUGCAAAAAUAGUGUUACGUGUUGAUGAUUGCAAUAUAGAAUGGCGAAAAAACUCUUAUCUUAACAUUUGGGUCUGGUUUAAAAGAAGACUAAUCGAAGUAUAUGCCGGUUACGAUUAUGGCCAAACACAACUUAUCAUGAUAUGGAGAGACACUGAGCUGGUAAUGUAUAAGUUUUAUGGUUUACGCUCAAGUGUCGGCGAAGUUGUUCCUAUGCAUCUAGAAGGCAAAAGAGAGCAAGAACGUGAAGACUAAGUUUUCCUCACGAAUUCUUCACAUAAACGUUUUUACUGUUUGUACCUAAUUAGUAAGCAUGUUGUUAUGUAAUAAAAUAUUAACGUAGA